UUUUUUUUUAUAGGUGCACAUAUGCUAUUCAGCAUUGAUACCGCUAAAUUGGUUUAGGACCAGUUCCUAACCGACACCAAUUUGGGUUUCUCCAGUAGUGCAAUUGCGAUGUCUAGUUCUUAGUGCAGAAAAUUUCGACAAAUUUAAGUCAUUUUUAUGUAGCUCAAUUGUGUGCCACGAUUUGUGCAAGCAUAUUAACCUAAUUCUCUUCUUCUCCCUCCCUCUUUUCCUAUGCGUGAUGCGAAUGACACGAUCUCAGCCCACUCAUUGGACUCCUCCUCAGACCAGGCAGCGACAAGGUGCAACCUCUCCUAACCAUUAUUACUUCCACACCUUGAUCUGUUACCAACCGUGCACGUCACUUUCCUCAAACCCCACGCCGCCAAGGCCCACCAGACUGGACACCUACUCCUCAAACCAGACAGUGACGAGGUGCAACCUGUAUAUAUUAAAAAAAGGCAACAACAUCAUCUAUUAAAAAACAGAAGGAAUAUUCCUAAGCUUGUAUAUAUAAAUUCAAACCUUUCCAUAAAGUGUAGCACUCAUCAGUUGUGUUUACAUGCACAAAUUGUUGGCACGCAUUGUAUUUGUAGCUGCAAUAUCUUCCAUCAUCAUCCAUCCAAACAUAUACAUAUAGAAUCAUGAAGCAAAAAUCGUUCAUGUCACGCCGCUGGGGAAACCCUGAGUUGAUUACGCCCGCGAGGGCGACGCCGCAAGAGAGCAAGCCCCUCUCUGACCUCGACGACCACUGGGACCUGCGCUACCUGCAGCCAGGCCUCGACUUCUUCCACGCGGUAGACGGCGAUCAUUGGCCGGCGAGACCGGGGGACAGCAUCAAAACGGCCCUAGCAGAGGCCCUGGUGUACUACUACCCGAUCGCCGGCCGCUUGCGGGAGAUGCCCAAGGGCCACAGGCUCGCCGUGGAGUGCACCGCCGAAGGGGUGGUGUUCGUGGAGGCAGAGGCGGAGGCAACGUUGGAGGACUUCGGCGAGCCACCGAUGCCGACGUUCCAUGGCGCCGAGGGGUUCCUGUGCGAUGUUGGAGACGCCAGAGUCAUCGUUGGGAGGCCACUGUUUUACAUGCAGGUAAAUCCAGCAUGCAAGCAUGGAUUGACCAUUACUCAUAUGUGCUUAAUUGAUCAAAAUGUUUAUUUGGCAGUAUCCAAACACCUUGAGUCCUUGAGAUACAUAUGCUUUCAAACACCACUUGAUUAUAUUGCAUACAUUAAGAACGGUUUUGCUAAAAAUAUGACCCCAUAUUUUCUUGGGAAAAUUGCAAAAACCACCCCCAUAUGCUUAGAUUUCUUUCUAUAAGACGAUUAGUUGCUAAUACCCUUCCUAAUUCACAUUUGUUUAAUUUUAAUCAACGAUUACCGUCGUUCAUGUGUUUUCUUUCACUUCCAAAUGUGUGACAUGACUUAGCGUAUCUGUUGAUGAAUAAGGACCCAAACACACCAGUAGUAAUAUAAAAAUUAAAGAUGUUUUUGCCGGUAUUUUGGCAUGUCAUCUCUGUAUGAGUCGGUUAUUAAGUUCGUUUACUUUUGGAAAUACAUAUCCGUAUUUGAGUUCCGUAUUUGAGUUAGUUUUUAAG